CGCUGGCGGGCCGCCAUGGCGCUUGCCAGGCACCGGAGGCAUGGCUGACGUUGACAGUGACGUCAAGGGCGUAAUUUGAGCCCCAGAAUGGCGGUCAGCAGCACCGCCGCCACCACGCGCAGCGCUUGGCUGCAGGCGGAAGGGUGUGGGAUCGGGAGGAAUGCCCAUGGAACGGGGCAAACAAACGUAGAAUGUGGGUUGAUGGGGGGGAUGCAAUCUUUCCGGGGGGGUGGGCACAGCAGCUGGCCAAGCUGCUCGUUUCUGGGGGCCUCUGGAGCUGUCCGCAAGCUGAACGCUUUUGGUGGAAAACCGUUGGGGCGAUAUGCGGCGCAUUCCUCUCUGCGAGGCCGCUCAUGGAAGCCGCUUGCGGUGAGGUCUGAGCUUGCUUCUUCGGACACGCCUCCGCCAAAACUGGACCAAAACCCUGAGUCUGGUGUGAAAGCGGCUCCGCCAGAAGCAGACGAAAACCCUGAUUGUGAAACCCCCGCCCCCUCCGCUGGGCGGCGUGCAUUUCUAGCGUCCGGCGCCGUCCUCCUCACCGCCGCCGCCUGGCAAACCUCUGCUCGCAGCGACACUCCGACCCCAGCCCCUAGACGGCUUACCACCCGCGCUGAGCGAAAGAAGAUGAAGGCCGAGGCGGAGGCGGCUGCCGCGAAGGCGCCUCCCCGUCCCGAGUCUAGGGUGUAUGACUCGUCGGUUUUGGGGGAGCCCACGAGUCUGACGUCGAAGGAGGGGGUGUGGAAAAAGCUGGCGGGGAGCAGGGUGGUGUAUCUGGGGACCACGGAACGGGUGCCUGUGGCGGAGGAUCAGGAGCUCAUCCUUGAAAUUACGUCCAAGCUGCGCAAUCUGUGCUUCAAGGAGAGGCGGCCUGUGACCAUCGCCCUACAAGUCUUCCCUCGCACGCUGCAGGAACCCCUCAACUGGUACAUGGGCUACAGGCUGACCGACGCCCAGCUGCGAGCAUACGUGUAUUACUGGCCCGAGGAGAUGUUCCUGCGCUACCUGCCCCUCCUCAAGUACUGCCGCGACAACGGCGUCCGCCUCUACGCGUGCGGCGUGCCCUCCCAGAUCCUGCGCACCGUUCUUAUCGACGGCGUCGAGGGUCUUUCCCCUGAGGACCGGAAAAUGUACGCACCUCCGAAGAAAGGCGGGGGGCUGCUCGCGCUGAACACAAGCGCGAUCCAGGUGGCCGGAGACAUGCCGGGGCCGCCCUCGGCGUCGAUCACACUGGAGAGGACCUACUUCCGCUUUGCCCAGGCUCGUUCCGUCGUAGAUUACAGCAUGGCCCUCGCCAUCGCCGAGGGCAUCAACGCGCAAGGCAACAUGGGGGUCAUGAUCGCCGUAAUGGGCGCCAGUCACACCGCGUACGGUUCGCGCGGGCAGGGCGUGCCGGCGCGGCUGGCGGGCAAGCUGAAGCGGCAGGGGCAGACGGUGGUCAUGCUCAACCCCGAGGCGCAGUACAACCGCAAGGAGGGGGACGUGCCAGUCGCGGACUUCCUCUGGUACUCCGGCACCAAGGUGUGCACGCGCAACUGCUUCGACCGUGCGGAGGUGGCGCGCGUGAUGGACGCGGCGGGGCGCGUGCGCGAGGCGCUGCCGACGGACAUCCAGGCGGGGCUGGACCAGGGGCUCAUCCCACCGGACGUCCUCAAGGACUUCUUCGAGCUGCAGAGCUCGCCGCUCAUGGCCUUCUUCACCGAGCGCUUCCAGGGCCUGCGCGAGAGGUGGCUGGCCGACCCCCGCUUCCUUCAACGCCUGGGCAUCGAGGAGGCCAUCUCCAUCAGCACCACGCUCGCGGCACAGUACCAGAAGCGGGGGGCCAAGUUCUGGAGCGAGCUGGAGUACGUCAUCACUGACGUGUCCCGCGGCGCGGUCGUCGACUUCUUCACGGUGUGGCUCCCCGCGCCGACGCUCUCCUUCACGCCCGUCGACGAGUUCGGGGCCAGCGGGUUCCCGACGCUCUUCUCCGGCCUCCCCGAAAACGCGUUCCAGCGAGGGAGCCUCGGGCGGCACUGGGGGCUGCGCGAGCGCGCGCUCGCAGUGCUCCUGGGGGGCGCGAAACUGUUCCUGGUCGGCGCGGUGUCGAGCGUCGGGACCGUCGCGAUAACCAACGGGGUGAAGGGACUGCAGGAGCGGCUACGGCCGCAGGUCGAGAAGCCUGACGCCGUGAAGCGUUCCCCGGUGUUCAAGACCGCCUUCGUGUACGCCUCCUUCUUGGCCACGUCAGCCAACCUGCGGUACCAGGCCAUUGCCGGCAUCGUCGAGAACUGGGUGGCGGACUACUAUUUGGCGCCCUGGCCGCUCGCCGGCGCCGCGCUUUCUUUCACCGCACGCACAGUCAACUCCUUUUGGGGCACUGCGCAAUGGAUCGACCUGGCGCGCUGGGCUGGGCUCCAAGCGCACAAAGACGAAAUUGUGAAGCCCCCCGAAAUGGGCAUUCCCAAGCCCCCCCUCCCCGGCCUCCCGCUCACAACCACCGGGGAAGACAACUUCCCGGUGACGGGGGGUCACUCGACCGCUGAUUCUGCGGAGCAUCCACCCCCCCACGAAGUCGAGGCUUCGACAUCGCAUAAAAUAGAAACUAAUAAAGAGGUAACGGUGGGGAACGGUGCGCAUGACCAUGUUUCCGGGGGUAACGGGCAUGGAGAGUCGCACCAGAACGGCUCCGGGGGGGCAAACGUGACUGACAAAGUAGGGGGGCAGAUCGAGGAUGUUGUAGACGACCCUGAUCUAACUUUGGUUGCAGCCCGGGGCAAAGAGUCGGCCUCUCAAACGGGGAAGGAGUAGCUCGAUUGAGUUUUUUCUCCCAGGCUUGACCCGGAUUGGAUUUGCGUUGACGGUGUGCCGGCAGUGUCGACUGCAUGGAGGCAACCGUUGUCUGCUUUGUGCUGAACUGCGCCGCUUACAAGCUUUUGCUCCAGCGAUCAGCUUAGCUCUCAGACGUCUCAACAGCCUGACAUUACCAUUUGCAGAGCGUAAAUCACAACAGAAGUACUUCCC